AUGAGGGAGCACUUCUUUGGCCGUAUAAGAACUAUGUCACAGUGUGAGGGAAUUCAUUCAUUAUUGAAGAACUAUGUUGACAAUAAAACCAGUCUCCUUGAAUUCAUGCAUAAAUUUAGUGAAGUACUAAGGCAGUACCGAAACAACCAUCUUACUGCUGACUUUGAAACUUUUUAUAAGUUUCCUGUUUUGACUAUGUGCUUGGAAAGUUUUGAGAAACAAGCUGUUGAACUUUAUACUAGAAAUAUUUUCAAACUUGUGAAAGAUGAGAUGAAGCAGCAGCAAUGGGAAUUUAAAGUAUCUUACAAUAAAGACAAGGACCUGUUUGCAUGUGAGUGCAGGCUAUUUGAGACUCGUGGAUUACCGUGCUCCCAUAUCUUUGGGGUCUUAAAGCAUCGCAAUGCAAAAUGCGUACGUACAUCUUUUAUCCUGAAAAGAUGGACAAGAGAUGCAAAGAGUGAUUUUAUAUGCUCAAUUGGCGAGCAAGACACCGCUGAUGAUAUAGUGCCCACACAUAGAUGCGGUGCAAUGGCAUCUAUUUGUUGGAAGCUUUGUGAUAUUUCUUCCAAAAAUUCAGCCAAUUAUAGGGAAAUCUCAGGUGAGUUACUUAAGCUAAUUUCGAAGGUGCAAAAUAAAGGUGAUGCACAAGCGAGGCGGCUUUCCUCCACGUCAGCGCUAAUAGGUGAUCCAGCUGUUGUGAAGUCAAAAGGGGCUCCAAGAAAGGUUCCAAAAGGCCAAAAGAGGCGAAGAUGUUCGCAUUAUAAGUCAAGCAGGCAUUUCGUUAGGACAUGUCCAUUACUCGCCAAGGAGGACUCCCCCGCCGAAUACUCAAAUGCUGAAGAUGAACCAAUGAUAUUAAUAUAA